AUGGGCGCUUCACUCUGCACGCCGGAACACGAGCGAUGCACCUGUGGCUGGCAGUCGACUGUCCACCCGUACCUUUUCCCCUUGUGGGCGGUCAAAGUCUCCGACUUCUUGGAGAUGCGUGGCCCACCAGAGCCCCACAACGUGGUGCAAGAGCGUGGCCUGUUGCAUGAAUGGUACCCUGGCAUGUUUGUGAUUUUCGUCUCCCACCAGUGGCUCAGCUACGCGCAUCCUGACCCGCGUGGUGAGCAGGUGGAGGUGCUUCAAGAGGCGCUCCGGGGUGUGAUUGAUGGAACUUUGCAGGUGACGGAAGAUACCGUGUCCAGGACGGACGAUAUGAACCUGUCUGCAAACACACGCCGGCACAUCGCAAAUGGCUUCAUCUUCUUUGACUAUUUCUCCAUCCCCCAGAUCACGGUCCGGCAGCAUGGGGUGAAUGAGGAGACCACGAAGAGCGACGCGGCCUUGGCUGUUCGAAGCAUUCCAGCCUAUGUGGAGCUUUCCAAUGUCUUCGUUGCACUUGUGCCAGAGCUGACGCACAAGGACUCCUCUGACGUAGUGAAUUAUGCGUCAUGGCUUUCCAGAGGGUGGUGUCGCGCCGAGUUGUGGUGCCGGCUAUUGUCAAACAAGCUGGAAACCUCGGUCAUCGUGGUGUAUUCCCCGUCGGAAGCAGAGUUCAUGUUCCCGCUCGACUGGCAGCACAACAGCAUUGUGGAUGGGGACUUUACUGUUGAGUCCGAUCGUGCUGUCGUCGUUGAGCUCGGGGAAGUUGCUGUUGAAAGCAAGCUCCAGCACCUCCAAGCUCAUGGCCCCUUGGACCACUACCGCUUUUAUUCUGCAUUUCGGCCGAAGCUUCUACGUCAAGCACGGGUGGACCGUGAGGUGCAACAGUUCUUGCAUGAUUUCAAAUUCAGUAGUUUGGAGGAAGCUGCACAAGACAGGAGCAGCAUGAAUGCGGUGAUGUGCUCGGUAUUGUCUGGUGACACGGGCAUGUUGCGCUUGCUGGCAGAGAAGAGGGCGGACAUGAAUCAGCCCAUGCACGGCCUCGGUGACUUGGGGUAUUAUGAUACUCAGACGAUCCUCAUGGCGGCCACGAAGUCUUAUCAAGAACCAGCUGUACUGACCACGCUCAUUGAGCUGCGAGCGGAUCCCAACGCCCGCAACAGGACAGGUCUGCCGGCAUUGUACAUGUGCAGGUCCCCCGACCACGUGAAAGCCCUCCUGGAACACCGGGCAGAGAUGUCCCACUAUGCCUUGAAUGGUGCAGCAUCCUUUGCGGGCCCAGACACAGUCCAGGCGCUUCUAAGCGCCCGGUGUCAACCCGGCGGCAUGGGCACUGCUGUAUAUGGCCCUUUGCAUGCACUGGCCGUUUUCGGGCGGAGCAAUCGCCAUGCUGUUGAGUCUGCAAAGCUCCUGCUGGAGUGCCGCGCGGAUGUUAACAUGCGGUGCAGCCCGACAGGCAAGAUUCUCUCAGAUGCUCGCUGGUCUCGUCUCCGAGAGGCUCUUGUGGGCACCGCGAACUGCACCAUGCGGACCCGAUGGUUGGCUUCCAUGCCCGGCAUGUCACCCUUGGGCUGCGCAGCCUUCGCCGGACAUUGGCAGCUCGCGCAGCUGUACCUGGAUUAUGAGGCCGAGCCGUCCCCCAACGAUCGGGGCGAAUGGCCAGAAGAUCUGGCCCGCAACAAUCACCAUCAUCACCUUAUGCCCUUGCUGGCCACCUUCGCCACAUAG